ACUAAUAAUAAUAUAUAAUAAAUUAACAAUAUAUACAUUUCCGCCCCAAAGAAAGAGUUUAUUUGGCUUGGUCUUUCCUCUCUAUUUCUCAGCUUCUUCCUCCCAUCUUUCAAUCAAAAUCCCCAGAAAAGAAACUAAGAAAGGGUGGACAGUUAAGUUCUCUCUAAAGUUUAUGUAUCAUAAAGGGUGAAGCAAAGACUAAAAACAGAGAAAACAACAGAGUAAAUUAAGUCAAGAGCUCUGUUUGGUCUUAAUGGGGAACAUCUGCCUUGGCUCUGGAUCUUCCACUGUUCAACAGGAACAAAGCCCUGUCUCCACCAAACCCCUCCCAGUGAGACAUGGGCAGCAACAUCCAGAGAACAAAAAGUUUCCUCCGGCGCUAGUGACGAUGCCGGCUUUAAAUCCCAAGUUUCCGAUGCCGGAAACAGGAAAUAGAACGAGAUCCGCCGCUACACAACUUCGUGAAAAACCACAGCAGAGGACAAGAUCCGUCGAGAACCCAAACCCACCUCGUGAGAAACCGCAGGAGAGGAGUAGACCCGACGAUGAUCAGCCAUCAAAACCGGCGGCAGAGAAACAGGUAUUAGGCAUAGGGAAAAAGGCAGUGCCACCGAGCGGGAAGAUAGUGACGCCAAAUCUUAAGAUGUUUACAUUAGUUGAGCUUAAGACGGCGACCAAGAAUUUCCGACCAGAAUCUGUGAUCGGAGAAGGUGGAUUUGGACAGGUUUUCAAAGGAUGGGUGGAUGAGAAGACCUUAGCUCCGUCUAGAGCCGGCGUCGGAAGACCAGUCGCCGUUAAGAAGUCAAACCCUGAUAGUGAGCAAGGCUUACAUGAAUGGCAGUGUGAAGUGAGAUUCUUAGGGAAGUUUCAUCAUCCAAAUUUGGUGAAGCUCUUGGGUUACUGCUGGGAAGAGAAUCAGUUCCUUUUGGUCUAUGAGUAUUUGCCUAAAGGAAGCCUUGAAAAUCACCUCUUCGCAAAAGGAGCAGAGGCAUUGCCUUGGGAUACACGAUUGAAGAUAGCCAUUGAAGCAGCUCAAGGACUUACCUUUUUGCAUAACUCGGAAAAGAGUGUUAUCUAUAGAGACUUCAAGGCUUCCAAUAUUCUUCUUGAUUCCAACUUCCACGCCAAGCUUUCUGACUUCGGACUAGCUAAACUAGGUCCAAUUAAUGGAUUCUCCCACGUAACCACGCGUGUCGUGGGCACACGUGGUUAUGCAGCUCCCGAGUACAUGGCUACAGGUCAUCUCUACGUGCGGAGUGAUGUUUACGGGUUUGGGGUGGUACUACUAGAGCUCUUAACCGGUUUAAGAGCAUUAGACCCAAACCGACCAUCUGCACAACAGAAUCUUGUGGAAUGGGCUAAACCGGUGCUGACACAGAAGAAGAAGCUUCAGAAAAUGAUGGACCCAAGGCUUGAGCACAAGUAUCCACUUUUGGCGGUGCUCAAAACCGCCGAGCUCAUUCUACGGUGUCUUGAGGCUGAUCCCAAAAACCGACCGCCAAUGGAUGAUGUGCUCAGAGAACUAGAAAUCGUAAGGACUAUCAGAGACCAACCCAAAGAAGAGAGACGUAAACGGAGCAAUGGUUCUGAUAAUAACCGGGUUCGAGGAAAUGAUUCAUCACACGGCCGUAGAACCGGUCGAAACUGAUAGUCAAAGAGUUCUUUUGGAUCAGUCAUGUACUAUACACACUAUAUACAAACGAACCACCUUUAAAAACAAAAUUUGAUCCUUUUUUCUCUGGUAGUAUAUAUUAUUUAUUUCUAGAAACUUAGCGAAACAUUUGUUGUACACUAUUGAGUCAAAAUAUAGCCAUAAUUUAUAUUUUUUUUCAAAGAAAAUAAUAUAUAAUCUUUGUAGUUAA